AUGGGUUCAUUGGUGUGGUUCGGCUCAACUGUUUUCCUUUUUAUUUUGCUGGGAUCCAAGACUUAUGGUGCAGAACUAACAGCUGACCAUGUCGGGCAGCAACAUAAUUGUACGUUCAACUACAACAACACUUUGUACUUUUAUGGUCAAGGACUGCAGUCCAGUCCUGCUCUCUAUUAUAUCAAAAUCGACUCUUCUACCCAACCUACUGAAUGGAAAAAGACGUCUUUCCAGCCCCAGGAUGUUGCCUACUGUGGUGUUUCUGAUGGCUCGGCUGUAUUCGUGACCAGUCCACUAAAGAACAAUACUAUACAAACUGUCGAUCUGACACAUUCAACUAUGAAUGUCACCACCACAUUUGGUGUCUUGCCAGAAACACUCGGAAAGCCAGCCAUGCGAUCGGCUGUGGCAAAUGGCACUCUUGUUCUAUUUGAUGGCACAUCUUCGCGUGACACCUGGCUGCUUUCUACCCACGUAGAGCCCAAGAUAUGGACACGUUUGGCGCCGACUGAUCUCACACCACCAAGUACCAAUUUGGGUGAGCUUGUAGUAGCAGGAGCAUUAAUCUACCAUUUUUCUACCGAGUCAAUGUCUACUGGAGGGUAUGCGAUCCAUGUUCAUGCGUUUGAUCCCACACUUGGCCGCUGGACAGGCUACAUCGGGUCGUUUCAUAGUCCGAGCCCCGUUAUUAUAACAGAAGAUGGAAUGGGUCGCGUGUUUGUAUUCUCUGCCGCACCAAAUUAUGUCUGGAACAUCACAAUGUCCGAGUUCGCUUCUCAACCGUUGCAUGUCCAGCCACUCUACUCAGGUAUCGAGACCCCAAGUUCGGACACCAAGGCAGCUAUUGUUACUCUCAACAGCACAAAACAAGUUGUGUUUUAUAAAUUUCUAAAUAACGGGUUAACAUUCUAUGACCCACUUGCCAAUAUCCCUCUCCGCACGUCAGCUUCAGUGUCGAGUCCAUUGGGAACAAAAGAUGAUGAGAAUUUCUGGAACACAAAAGUGGGCCGCCGCCUAGAGAUCGGACUGGGUGUGGGGCUGCCGAUAUUAGUUUUUGGGUUGAUACUGUGCGUGUGCAUAAGACGGAAGAGAAAACAAAACCAAAAGGUUCACGAGACUCCAGAAAUUAUUCAGCCCGAUAAGGAUGAGAUGUCUCUCGCAGAGGAAGCUUUUCAACCCACACCUCUUCCUCAACAUACUGAGGAUGCCGAGACAUGGAGUCGUCGGGUUCUUCGGCUGCUCACCAGUAUUACGCCCGAUCGGUCUGUAUUCUCCAGGCCAGCUGCUCGUGCACCAUCGCGCUCCUCCCGCCGAACUCAGCAAACGCAGGCAAGUUCCAUUACAAAUGGAGCAAGAAGUUCUCGACGAAUUUAA